AGAGCGGCGCGGGGUUACUGCGGCCCCGGCGUGGGUGGGGCGCUUGCAGGUCCCUCCCCGCGCAAGUGCUCGCCCCGCCCCCGGGGCCGCGCCCACAGCCCAGGCUACCCCGGAGAAGCCUGAAUUGAGAACACUUUCUGCAGUGUCCCGGCAGUGCGGGACUCCGGUAGCCGCCCCUCCGGUCGCCGCCCCUCCUGCCCCCGCGCCACCGCCCUAUAUGUUGCCCGCCGCGGCCUCUGGGGCAUGGAGCACGCUGCCCAGCCCUGGCGAUGGCAACGGCGACGGGGGUGGCGGAGGAGCACCUGCUGGCCGCGCUCGCCUACCUGCAGUGCGCCGUGGGCUGCGCGGUCUUCGCACGGAAUCGUCAGACGAACUCAGUGUACGGCCGCCACGCGCUGCCCAGCCACAGGCUCCGAGUGCCGGCGCGGGCCGCCUGGGUGGUGCAGGAGCUGCCCUCGCUGGCCCUGCCGCUCUACCAGUACGCCAGCGAGUCCGCCCCGCGUCUCCGCAGCGCGCCCAACUGCAUCCUCCUGGCCAUGUUCCUCGUCCACUACGGGCAUCGGUGCUUAAUUUACCCAUUUCUGAUGCGAGGAGGAAAGCCUAUGCCACUGUUGGCGUGUACAAUGGCGAUUAUGUUCUGUACCUGUAACGGCUAUUUGCAAAGCAGAUACUUGAGCCAUUGUGCAGUGUAUGCUGAUGACUGGGUAACAGAUCCCCGUUUUCUAAUAGGUUUUGGCUUGUGGUUAACGGGCAUGUUGAUAAACAUCCAUUCAGAUCAUAUCCUAAGGAAUCUCAGAAAACCAGGGGAUACUGGAUACAAAAUACCAAGGGGAGGCUUAUUUGAAUACGUAACUGCAGCCAACUAUUUUGGAGAAAUCAUGGAGUGGUGUGGCUAUGCCCUGGCCAGCUGGUCUGUCCAAGGCGCGGCUUUUGCUUUCUUCACGUUUUGUUUUUUAUCUGGUAGAGCAAAAGAGCAUCAUGAGUGGUACCUCCGGAAAUUUGAAGAGUAUCCAAAGUUCAGAAAAAUUAUAAUUCCAUUUUUGUUUUAAGUGCAUUUUCCAUGAAAUUAUCUUCAACUUGAAGCUUUCCAAUGGCGCUUCUCUAUGGACUUUGUAAAUAAGUUAUAUCUUUGUAAUUUUCCUGCUACUUUAUCAUUUUCAAGAUGUCCUCUAGGAAUUUUUUUUCUAGUAAUUUUGCAAUCUACCUAAUAAGUACCUAAAUACGCUGAAAUGGAGGUUGAAUAUCCUACUGUGUAACAGGUCAGAAUUUCAAGCUCUGGGUAAUAACUGCUGAUAUUUUUUCUAAUUUCGAAUUUACCUCUUUUGGCUAUGUCUUGCCAAGUGUGUAUGAGACUAGACUUUACAACUGUCUUUGAUGGCAUUUUCAGAACAAUAAAUGUCACAAUCCCUUCUGUAGCCCCCUACAGUGAUCCCUUCAAGGUCAACUGCAGUGUUGCUUCCCUCCCCCUGUAGGGCUGGAAUCUGUCUAGGACCCCUCUCUCGGAGGCCACAGAGGCUGGGGGUAGCCAUUGUGCAGUCAUGGCCCAGGGGAAACUUGCCAACCUUCGCGUCAGGUGCUGUGUGUAAGUGGAGAACUUGGGGAUAGAGGAGGAAGCUCCCUGUGGCCCUUCCAAGGUGAGGCAAAGGCAUCUGGACUUGUUCCAGCCCAGCCCACCGGGUGACAUCACCGGGCAGGGAGGGGUGCUGGUGGUGGUUCAUAGGGAGUAAGCUGCUCUGCCUGUGUGAGGGGCUCCUGGGCCCUAAACAGGCACCUUUAGGCCAUGGGUCACUCACCAUGAGCCAUCAAUGUGCUCUGGUCUGACAUGGUUUCUCUCUGUCUUCUAGUCUAGACCUAGUUUUUUUGUUCUGUUCCCCACGUAUGGAUAUAGUAGAGAUUGUUGUCUGUGAAAUUUCUCCUUUGUAGAUUUUGAGUUUUCCCUUGUAGUGUAAAGAAUGAUCACUUUCUGUAACAAUAACAAGACCACUUUUUAAGAUUUAUCCUGUUUGUUCUUUGUUGAUUGAAACAUAAUAAUUGUUAAAAUUCUCUACAGCCUUCUUUUUCUUCCAUAGCUAAUCUUCCUUCUAAUAGUUUUUGCUUUCUGUUUUGCUGUUGUUGCUUUGCAAAGCUUUCCCCUCAUAGCCUGUACCUGUUAUCAAUAUAAAAUAAUCUUCCUGUUGAAUGCUUCAUGACUUGAAUUCUACUUUGAUAAAAACAUUGCCAUACUGCUUUUUAUCUUGAUGAAUUCAUCUGGCAUUGCUUUGCCUUAUCAUCUCAUCUGGAGUUUUUAAAUGCCAUUUGUUUCAGUUGUCUUUAACAACAUAAUAAAUAGACUUUGCCAUUUAACAA